AAAUGGCUCCAGAAGAAAAACUACCAAUACGAAGUGACAUUCUCCCUAUACAUGCUGACACCAACCGAGAAAUUCGUCUUCAACUCUAUCGCUUUCCUCUCCCUCUCAAUGCUUACCAUCGCUACGUUCAUGUACCUUCCCGACCACGUCAUGACCAUCAGUCGACGAACGUACUACUACUUUGCUGGU